AGGCAGUGAUCACAGCAGUUUCCUGUCCUAUGACUGGCGAUCAGAUGGUUGGCUCUCAGUCACUGGGAGGGGAGAAUGCAGGAAAAAGUUUAGAAGAAAGUAUUAUACUUUCCCACAGCGGUGCAGACAUGCCUCAUUGCUUCUUAUGGGGGAAAUAAUGGGAAUGUAGUGCAAGUCCACAUAAAGCAGCCUGUCUGUGAGUAGCAGGAGAUUAAAGAGACGCUGCAGUCUAUUUAUUGGUGUUGCCGGCGGGUUGGUGACCAGUCUUCCAGCAUUACUGCGUGUGCCCCUCUGAAACUCGAUGGCUGGGGAAGCGGAGAGUGUGGAAGCGGGCGUCCCCGCAGGAGUCCCGGAGCGCAGGGAAUACCUCUUCAAGGUGCUGGUCAUCGGGGAACUGGGGGUCGGCAAAACCAGCAUCAUCAAGCGCUACGUGCACCAGCUGUUCUCCCAGCACUACCGGGCCACCAUCGGUGUGGAUUUUGCUCUCAAAGUUAUAAACUGGGACACCAAGACUCUGGUCAGACUGCAGCUAUGGGACAUUGCAGGACAAGAGCGGUUUGGGAACAUGACAAGAGUAUAUUACAAGGAGGCAGUGGGGGCCAUGGUUGUGUUUGAUGUGACAAGAGGGUCAACCUUUGAAGCGAUCACCAAGUGGAAAUCUGAUCUGGAUAGCAAAGUCUACCUUCCCAGUGGUGGUCCCAUACCAGCCAUUCUUCUUGCCAACAAAUGUGAUCAAAAAAAGGAGAAUAACCUGCAAAGUCCUUCUCAGAUGGAUCACUUCUGUAAAGAAAAUGGUUUUGUUUCAUGGUUUGAAACCUCUGCAAAGGAUAAUGUUAACAUUGAUGAAGCUGCUCGAUGUUUGGUUGAAAACAUACUUGUAAACUCCAAGAAUUUUCCUGUUGAGGAGAACGAUGUUGGGAAUGUACAGCUGGUCCAGGAUGCCUUGCCGGCGGAGAGUAAAUCACAAUGCUGUUAACAUUUGUAACGCCACAAAGGAGACUAUCAUUAAGACUGCUUCUAAAUGCUGCUUCCACCGAUGUCUAUGUUCUCUCAUUUACGAUGAUGAUGGAGUUCACAGGAUUGUAUGUUUCUGUAUGUAGAAUUUAGUCAUGGUGUGGUUAUAUUGUGAAGAACAAAGAGCCAUACCCUGCGGAGACCAUGUUUACAGUUACAAGCCACACACACACACACACACACACACACACAGAGACAGAUCUUGAUAUGUAACAAAGGAUGUCAUUGUAAUAUUAUGUAAUAUUAUGUAUGUCCUGUCAAUUUUGCAUUAUCAUUUUGAAGAAUGGUCUACUAUGUUUAUAUGCUUUCUCUUAAUUGCAUAUGUAUAAAACGUAUAUGUCUUCCAGUUGGGCAUUUUAUGCUGUCAAUGUGUGUGCGUGUAUAUGGCGGCACAUAGAUGAAAAAUCUAAAGUUUACAGUACAGUUUGCCACAAUUGGAUACAUAGUGCUCUAUUAUAAACCUAUACCAGGACUUGUAUAUGGAUGUUUGCUAAUCAUUUAUGUGAGACAUUUUAUAAAAGCUGCUAUAUAGUAAAAAGCUUCCAUAUCCCAUAACAGCCAGUAUGAUUUGGGAGUAUAUUUACGAAGCAGCGGAUUUGGCAAGGUGCUGCUUCUCUGUGGAUUUGAGUUCCAGUUUAAAAUUUAAAGCGGCACUAGUACGUAUGGUACGCUGGGCUUACAAUCCAAAAGCCAUCACUUCAUAAAUAUACCUCUUAGAGUGCCAUUUUUCCGUAGAGAAGAAAACAAACCUACAGCAUGUAGUCAUACAUUUUCUCCUUUUACUCUCUUGUCUUAAAGUACAGAAUUUUCAUCAGCAGUGGAGGAAUGACUUUAUAGUCCGAUUUGCUAUAGUGAAACUUUAAAAAUAAAUUCAAGGACUAUCAAUAAAACCCUACACAAUGUUUAUAGUAUAUUAUCUUCCUAGCAAGUGCGGUCUUUGAGUUAUUUGACUGUGCAGUGAUGUCUUUUAUGUGAGCUACUGUUCAAGGAAUUUGCAUUCUACUAAUACUGAACAUUCUUUUCUAAUGCAGUGUUUAACUUCCAUUGCUUAAUAGUAACACAUCCUCAAUCAAUUAAACACACUAUAAAGUA